AUGCCUCCCUCCCUCACCGGCUACUACCGCUUUCUCUCACAGAAGAACAUGGAGGACCACCUGCAAGCCCUGAACGUCAACCUGGCUCUGCAGAAGAUAGCGCCGCUGCUGAGGCCAGACAAGGAGAUCGACCGUAAGGGCAACCACAUGACAGUGAACACUCUCAGCACCUUCCGCAGCUAUAUUUUGGAAUUCGAUGUGGGAGCUGAAUUUGAGGAAGACCUAAAGAUCGUGGAUGGACGAAAAUGCCAGACCAUAGUAACCUGGGAGGAGGACCAGCUGAUGUGUGUGCAGAAAGGGGAGGUCCCCAACUGAGGCUGGAAACACUGCCUGGAGGGAGAGGAGUUGCAUCUGGAACUGACUGCCAGGGAGGCCGUGUGCAAGCAGGUCUUCAGGAAGGUCAAGUAA